AGAACAUACUUCAUGUACUCCCACGAGUAGUGAGCCGGAGGUCACUUACUCAACUGUGAGACUUCAUAAGUCUUCAGGGUUGCAGACACUAGUAAGGCAUGAGGAGACUCAAAGGCCCAGAGAAGCUGGCUACAGAAAGUGUUCAGUACUCUGGCAGCUCAUUGUGAAAGCUCUUGGAAUCCUCUGUUUCGUUCUUCUGGUAAUCAUUGCAGUGUUGGCAGUAAAGAUUUUUCAGUGUGGUCAACACAAACAAGAAAUCCAUGAAACUCUAUACCACCACCAUAACUGCAGCAACAUGCAAAGUGAUUUCAAAUUAAAGGAAGAAAUGUUGACAAAUAAGUCUAUAAAUUCUAGGCCAGGCAAUGAACUUCUGGAAUCCCUCAAGAGAGAACAGAACAGAUGGUACAGUGAAACCAAGACAGAUUUAGAUUCCUCACGGGAAACAGGGGCACAUGUUAAAUACUUGUUCUGCUACAGUACUAAAUGUUAUUAUUUCAUCAUGAACAAAAAUACAUGGAGUGGAUGUAAACAGACCUGCCAGCAUUACAGCUUACCCCUUGUGAAGAUAGAAGAUGAAAAUGAACUGAAAUUCCUUCAGUUCCAGGUUAUUCCAGACAGUUACUGGAUUGGAUUGUCAUAUGAUAGAAAAAAAAAAGAAUGGACAUGGAUUGACAAUGGCCCAUCUAAACUUGACAUGAAAAUAAGGAAAAUGAACUUUAAGCCUGGAGGAUGUGUAUUUUUAUCUAAAACAAGACUAGAAGAUACUAACUGUAAUAAUUUCUACUACUGUAUUUGUGGGAAGAAACUGGAUAAAUUCCCUCAUUAA